AUGGCAUCCUUCCACGUCACCGUGCUGUGCCUGCUGUUGGCUGUGCAUGUGCACCUGGUGACGUCACGGGCGCCGCGGAUGAGGUCGCGGAUUGACGACCGCAUCAUGGGAGGCUCCGAGGACUACCCGUGGACGUUGGCUCUGCUGUACACCGAUUCCCAGUGCGGGGCCUCCAUAAUCGGCCACCAGUGGGCCUUGACGGCUGCGCAUUGCAUUGGCCGGAGAAGCUCGCUGUACACUUUGCGCUCUGCGUCCUCCAACCGCGAUAGCGGCGGCACCUUGAUGGACGUGGUCGAGAUUUACGAACACGAGCUGCACGACAGAAAUUCUGGUGACUACGACAUGCCUCUCAUGCAGAGGCUGGAUACGACCCGGCAGUCGGCCAAGCGGUCAGAGCGAGCGGCAAGGGGAUACACGGAGACCGACUACCCCAUCAUCCUGUACAAAGUGGACAUCAGGGUCAGCGACCGCUCCGAGUGUGACUUACAGGGGGGACGCGAAGUAACUCCACGCAUGCUGUGCGCUGGAGAGACAGGAAAGAGCACAUCUUAUGGCGAUUUUGGCGGUCCUCUGGUGAGCAGCAGUACGCAGGUGGGCAUCGUGACGUGGGGCAGUGGCGACUGCGAGUUUGGGGGCUCCGUCUACGUCAACGAUGUGAGCACAGCUAUGCCACGCAUCCACGGAGCCGUACUGUGCCUGCUGCUGGCAGUGCAGCUGCAGUUGGCUGCCCCACGGGCGCUGCGGCUGCGAACGCGUGUCCACGGCCGCAUCAUAGGCGGCUCCGACGCCAGCAUCGAGGAAUUUCCGUGGCAGCUGUACCUGACGUAUGCGGCAAGCCUGGCGUGCGGCGCCUCCAUAAUCGGUCCCCAGUGGGCUCUGACCGCCGCCCACUGCGUUCCCUUCUCAGAGUACGUCCUGUACCACCUGCGUGCCGGCUCUUCCAGUCGCGACAGCGGCGGCACCGUGCUGGAUGUGGCCGUGACCUACCAACACGAACAGUACGACAGCACGUCUGGUGAUUACGACAUUGCAGUUGUACGGCCGGAUGGUUCGUUCCCACUCGGCACCAACGUGGCAGUCGUGAACCUACCAGAGGACGGUUACGACCCUCCAGUCGGGCUCACAGUCACAGUGACCGGCUGGGGAAUGACAGAGACGACGAGCCAACCCGGCACCCUGCAGAAGGUGGACGUCAGCGUCAUGGAGCGCUCCGCGUGCUACUACCCGGACAUCGGUCGGGAAGUGACCCCGCGCAUGUUGUGCGCUGGAGGUAUUGACAAGAGUCCGUGCUUUGGGGAUUCCGGCGGUCCCCUGGUGAGCGGCAGCACGCAGGUGGGCAUCGUAUCAUGGGGGAGUGACAACUGCGAUUAUGAGGGCGGCGUCUACGUCAACGUUGGCAACUUACGUUCGUGGGUAACCAACGUUACCAACAUCUGACAGCCAUAACAGAACACUAGUCGGAGCUGUAUCUCCUGUGUUCUGUUCUCACAUACAAAACUGAAAUAACAUAAAUUAUUUCGACAAGAAGCUCAACUUUCUCAAUUUUAUUAUAUAGUUAUACUAAUCCUAAUACAUUAUUUUCACUGGAAAA